UUCUGAAUGUGUUGAGGAAUUAAGAAUAAUAUUGAUAAGUUACUGAAGUAGAGAUGUGCGGCCAAGAAGCUGAGAGAUGCUCCUUUUGAAUGUGAUGGAUUCCUGGCAGGGCACAGGAUUGAAAAGUCUCAGGCUGGGACUCCGGUCAUCUGCUUCUCUCUCCAUCAGCAUCGUCUUCUACCCAUUGAGUCCUGUUUCACGCAGGCUCACAGCACGUACAGGCAGUUUUCCCAGGGCAUGAUGGAAAAUCAGACCUCUGUCACAGAGUUCCUCCUACUGGGGUUCCUGCUCAGCCCAAGGACUCAGCUGCUUCUCUCUGGGCUCUUCUCCCUGUUCUACGCCUUCACCCUGCUGGGCAACGGGGUCAUCCUGGGGCUCAUCUCACUGGACUCCCGACUGCACACCCCCAUGUACUUCUUCCUCGCACACCUGGCCAUUGUCGACAUUUCAUAUGCUUCAAACAAUGUCCCCAAGAUGCUGGCAAACCUUCUGAACAAGAGAAAAACUAUCUCCUUUGUCCCGUGCAUCAUACAGACCUUUUUGUACAUGGCUUUUGCUCACACUGAGUGUCUCAUCUUGGUAAUGAUGUCCUAUGAUCGGUAUGUGGCCAUCUGCCACCCCCUACGUUACUCUGUCAUCAUGAGCUGGAGAGUGUGCACGGUCCUGGCCGUCACUUCCUGGGCAUGUGGCUCCCUCCUGGCCCUGGUCCAUGUGGUUCUCAUCCUGAGGCUGCCCUUCUGUGGGCCUCAUGAAAUCAACCACUUCUUCUGUGAAAUCCUGUCUGUCCUCAAGCUGGCCUGCGCUGACACCCGGCUCAACCAAGUGGUCAUCUUUGUGGCUUCUGUGUUCAUCCUAUUGGGGCCCCUCUGCCUGGUGCUGGUCUCCUACACACGCAUCCUCUCGGCCAUCCUGAGGAUCCCGUCUGGGGAGGGCCGCAGAAAGGCCUUCUCCACCUGCUCCUCCCACCUCUGCGUGGUCGGGCUCUUCUUUGGCAGUGCCAUCGUCAUGUACAUGGCCCCCAAGACCCGCCAUCCCGAGGAGCAGCAGAAGAUCCUUUCCCUGUUUUACAGCCUUUUCAACCCUAUGCUGAACCCCCUGAUCUAUAGCCUGAGGAACUCAGAGGUGAAGGGCGCCCUGAGGAGAGUGAGGUGGAAACAGAGAUCCGUGUGAGGGAUGCCAGGCAGACUCUUGAAGCUGGAUUUCAGUUCAAAAGUACUUGAGAAAGAAUAGACCAGAAAGACCAAACUUCUGUGAAGACAACUAGUGUAGAUAAAGCUGGAUUUGUUCUCUGUGUGAUUUGGGGAAUGGCAGUGGAAAUGCUCUGAAACCUCAUGUCUUAGGUGUCUAAUAUCAAGAACAUAUAUUGAUCAGAUUCUAUCCCUAAACAUGGGGUACUGGGCAGACGACAAAGCAUAAGCAGAACGUCACAGAGAGCAGAGUGGUGUAGUGGUGAAACACGGCCAGAGAGCCACGGACUCCUACAGCCAGUUCCCAGCACCACCUAAGAUCUGGUUUCUGUUCUAACGAGGAUUUGUUCUCUCAAAUCUCCAUGUAAAUCCCUCGGUCAUUUUCAUCUCCCUCAUUGAUGUGUAUAUGUGCUAAUAACCCCUUAAUAUAUGCUGCUUCAAGAGUGCACCUCUAAGAAGACAGAAUACUGACCUGGCAUAAGCAGUGUCCUAUGGGAAAUGCAGGCAGGAUUAUGGGGAGAGCCAACUCCUUGCUCCGGAACUUAACAUCUAAAGGUGGUGGCAUUUGUUCUGGAAAAGCAUCUGAAUCUGAGCCUAAUGAAUUUAUUUCUGUGAAAGGCAAAGUGUAAUUUUAUGAAUGUUUUUAUCUGAGAGACAGAAAUGUCAGGAUCGUUGUUCCAUUUCAUGUUAUUCUGCACCAUCUGAUUAGAAAGAGUUUGUGUUUAGAAUAAAACUGAGUCGGUUAUUAGGGAGAGUUAUCUUUUCUGGAGUUCAAGUCCCAGAGUUGCAUGCAGGUGACAAUUGAUCUUUAGGAGGAUGAUUUCAUAAACUAUUAGAGGAGUAAGGAAGUAUUGUGAAGGGAGAAAGCUCCAGGAGUGGAGGCUAAUAGCUUCGCAUAACACUGUAGACCCACAGUUAUCACCAGUAAUACAACGAAGUCUGAUAAGGACUUGUUAGAGUCUCAAUCAGAUUCCAAAGGACUUAGUCAAAUUCCAAAGAGUGCCUGCUCCAGGUGCUAUAAAUCACUUAUUCUGGAUACAAAGGGUCAGAAUGAUAUAAAAGAGGAAUUUGUUUUCUGUUAACACAAGUUUUGGACCUAAGUGGCCAGGACAGCAUGAUAACUGGUUUCUUUAACACAGAGAUUAUGGUAUCUUUUGAAUUCUCUUCCUCUCUACUCUUGAGUAUCAUGUGCCAUUCGAGUGUAUGAUAGUAUAUUAUCUGCUUUCUGUAGAUCUGUUUUUAACCUAAUUGUCUUAAAUAUCAUGACCAGUCUAUAUCUUUCUUCUCCCAUGAAAUUAAGAAACAAAGGGGAAAAGUUUCCCUUCCACUCUCUCUCCUAUUUUUCUCUCAGUUCUCAAAAAGCCUCAUUGCUGACUAUUCUACUCAUUGACUAUUCUGUUCACUAGUUUAUUUGAGCAAAACUUUUGUCUCUGGCCAUUAUCUUUGUCUUCUUAUCUUCAUAGUAUCAAGAUGUUUCUAGCUCCAGAAAUCCACUGACCUUGAUCCAUUUCCCCCUGAACCCCAAAUAACAAUUUUUGAAUAAAGAAAUAAACAUUGGCUCUGAAAAUAACAAUAAACACAAUGGAAUUAUUGUGUGCCCUGUUUUAAAGGUUUCUAAACAAACAGGCAAUAUUUUCAUAAAAAAUGAUGUUUUAACUCUACCUAGAAAAAUUCGUAUAUUCUUUAAAGUAUGUAUAGCUUGUGUUAAAGUUAAAAUCCUAAAAGGAAAGAGGAAGAGGAAAAUAUAGGAUAAUUUCUCUCAGAAUAGAAGCCAUAGGUUUGAAUUCAGAAUUUUUCUACAAGGACCCAUUAGAAAAAUCAGGGUCUGGUAUUCACUUUUACAUCAGUUCAAAAGUACUUGAGAAAGAAUAGACCAAAAAAGACCAAAGUUCUGUGAAGACAACUAGGGUAGAUAAAUUAUAAAGAGAUGCCCUCUAGCAGUCUGAGAAGUGGCUCUGACUGAAAACGAAAAAAAAAGAAAGAAAAAAAGAAAGCACAAUAAAACUAUAUUUUGUUAAUAAAUUGCAGGAAAUGCCUGACUAAAUGAGAGAUUUCUAUACAGAUUUCCAUAUUUGAGUCCUAGGAUUCUAAUAAAUUACAUUUCGGUGUUAUGACUCUUUACAUAUAUAUUCUUUUAACAUGAGUCACAGUUUUCAGAGGGCAGAGGACAGAGGAAAAGGGAUGUAUUUACAUGAUGCUGAGGAUUGUGAUGGUGCUUCCCAAAUAUCAUCCUAUUUACCUUUCACCAAUAACACUGUGAGGUGGAUAUUACGCUCUGCCUUUUGUAGAUGAGGAAACCAAGUCAGAGUGAGUUAGUAACUGGCCUGCCCCACUCAGCCAGUGACAGGACUGAGCUGGGGGUUUAACAUCACUGUACUGGUUCCACACCCACACGGCUUAUUAGCUUUCUUCCCCAAAUAUCACAGAUUUGAGCUCAAUGUGGGUUAGGGUUGGAUCUACCUGACGGAACAGAGUGGGAGACACCAAAGAGUUUAUACUAUUCUGGCCAAGCACUAAGAGCAGCAAAGGCAUGUCUGUUGUCAGCCCAUCUUUGGGGAUUUAUUAUCACCCUUGAUAAGUGUAGAAUCCCUUACCUUAGUGGCCUCCAGUAACAACUCCCUCUCCAUGUCUCUCCCAAACUAACAACACCCCAGAGGGCGCUGCCCCAAAGAGG